AUGUUGGGGAAAGCAGAGUCGAGAGGAAGGGAAUCGAAUAAUGGUGGGAACUCGCGGCAGAAGGAGAAGGGGUUUAAGAUCAAGGGGAGGGCUCAGACUGAGGAGAAGGAAAAAGGGCAAGAUAAAAAGAGCACCAGCAAGAACAAGUCGGGGAACAAGCCAAUAUACCACGACUACGACGAAGCCACCAAAGGAGUUCCACAGCCGGUCCGAGAACAGCGAAAGACCGAUGGAGCCUGUGUGCGAUGUGGCCGAAAGGGUCAUCUUUGGAAGUGGUGUCGUUCAGAUGCUAACAGCAGUGCAUCUAUCUCCUCCUUCUCCCGAAAGCGUACCCGCGAUGACGAUGGUGACCACGAUAUGGAACCACCGGAACCCCAACCUCCGAGGAAGCGAAUGAGGCACCGUGCUAAGAAGCCGGCUGCGACGGCUGCUGCGGAGUACACCAGUGGGCAAGCGUUUGUGCGAGAACGCGGAUCGGAAUCUGAGAUGGAUUUCGACGAGGAUUUUUAA